UAUAUGUCUAUAUCAAUGAAUUAUUGUAAUAUUAUUUAUACAUGAAUAUUACGUCAAGUUAAAUGUUGUUUGAUUGAUACUAUGUGGCCAAUCUUAAUAAUGGUUUAAGAUGAGUUGUUUCAAAGAGGAUUGUAGUUGCGAAGACAUUUUUUUUUAAAUUUAUACCGUAAAGUUAUACUGUGUCAUCGCCAGGAAGGAUGAAACAAGUACGACCGUGUUUCAAUGGUAACCACCUAAGACUAAUUUGUCAAUAAAAUUGAACUUUUUUCGAUUUAUUUUAUAAUAUUCUGUUGCAGAUAUUUAAGUUAUGUAUUAUACUUGAUAGUAUAUAAAAAAAAUAAUACUUAUUUUAUUUAUAUUAUUUUUAUUAAAACUCUGUGUACAUCCUUCUUUGAAUAUGAUUCAAUUACAACAUAGUAUUAUAUAAUAACAGCCAAAUACGCGAUCUUAUUCAAACAACAACUCAACAAAUAUUAAUUUUGAAAAAAUGUUGUAUUUCAAACACGUAUUCGGAAUAUUAACACUUCAAACUGGCACAAUUGUAUUGAGCUCACUAUUUAUCACGCUGGCUAUAUGUGUUUUAUUAGUGAACGCAUUGGCACUCGACACAGAAGCGCCACUAGCCUGGAUUGUUAUGUUCCUGUUUAUUGUUUAUAUGAUCGUGAUUUGGUUAAUAUCUUUUUAUGGUGCAUACGAAGAAUCGCAGAACGGGAUUACCGUAGCAACUAUUUUGUGGACAAUUUAUAUAAUAAUAUGGCUGAAAUUGGUUAUCUAUUCGUAUAUAGAUGCACAGGCUAUAUGUAUUGAGGAUAGAUGUCCAGAUGUGAUAUGGCUAUUAAGCAACCCUUGGCAUAAAAAACAGGAAGAAUGUAAUAAGGUUUUUCCAAAUUCUUCAAAAUCUAAUAAUCAAUCCCUAUAUGAAAAAAAGAACAAACCUCAAAUGUAUGAUGAUAGGAUAAAAAUUGAGAAAAAAAGAGAAAAAAUACAACUUGUAACUACAGCUAAAAUUUCACAUUAUGCAACAGUACCAUUUGCGAUGUUUGAAAAAUAUAAAAAUCAGUCAGAUAUCAAAACCAAUGAAGUAAAAUUAGUGCUUAAAAAAUGUAUUGGAACGCCUACACCACACAAUAACCAAGGGUGUAUGUUUGUAUCAAUAAUAGUGUUAUUACUGUAUUUACAAUUAAUACUAUUUUCUUGGAUGAUUCUAAUUAGUUAUCGAGAAGAAAUCAUACUCCAGAGAAAUAUUGCAAACAAUAAUAAUUAGUAAUAGGUAGUUGGUUGAUUUUCAUUCAAAUCAUAAUAAAUAAUUACUACCUAUAUAUUUUAUUUAAAUUAUUUUUUGUAUUUACAUUUGAAUAUUAUAUUUUAUUUAUUAAUGAAUUAAAUACCAUGACCUGCAGUGGCGAUAUAAACUUUUCUUUUUCGAAAAAGAACCAUAAUUUUUUUACUGAACAUAACGCAGAUGGUUUUUUUUUAUAUGUUGAGGCAUUUGAACUAAAUUCGAAAAAGUGGUUUAUUAAUUAAUAGUAAUUGUAAAAAUAAUUAAAGUCUAUGAUAACAAUUUUAAAAACAGGGGGACUAUGAUGAAUUUCAUAAUAAUUUGUUUAAAACGUCUGAGAACAAUAAGUACUAGAUUACAUUGUAUAUAUUUUAAAUCUGUGAACAGCGUUAAAUUUAUUGAUCUAUUAUAUUUUACUGAUUGGUUUAAGACAAAUGACAUUAUAAUAAAAAUGUAAAAACAUAAAUAAUUAAUUGUUUGUAUUAAUGUUAUUCCGUUUGUACGUUUAGAUAGUGGGAUGUAUAGUAAUAAUAAAGUGUGUUUGUAAUGGAAGUGUAAACAAUCCAUAACAUCUCGAUUUUAACCAGUUAAAAUUAAAGAGCUUCUCAUGGAUUUUUAUAUCUAAUGUUUUCAUAUGGGAUCGGAAACUUAAAUAUGAUAGUUACCUACCUAAAGCAUUUGUUUAGCACAACGUUGUUUUACUAUAAUAAUAUGUAUAAAUUAUAAUACCUAUGAUAAUCACAAAAUCUAAAACUGAAUUAUUUUAUAACUUGAGGUAAUUUAUAAGUGAAA